UAGUGCGAGUUUAUGGUUUGUAAAUCAGCUCUGCGUCACAUGAACGCACUCAUUCAAACGCACAGGUCAGGAUCACUUUCACAACAGCGAGACACCCGGAAGGUUCAAACGCGCGACCAGCAGCUCAGCAUGAAUCGCUUCAAGACGUCCAAAUAUAAGAACAGCACUCCCAAAAUCCCCAAGAAAGAUGGCUGGAUUGCGAACGUGCGAGGAGCUUCCUUCCCUUCUCAGGGCAAGCACAUCAAAUCCAGCUGCAGUCUCGUGGCCUUCAACACAGAUCAGACUGGAGGUGGGAUGGUCGGCCUGUCUUCUGUGAACGCCGCAUCUGACGGGAAGUGGACCGUGACCCAGAUUUCAUGCCAUGCUGACAUCGUGACCGAUCUGGACUUCUCGCCGUUUGAUGACUAUCUGCUGGCGACCUGCUCGGCUGAUGAGAUGGUGAAGCUGUGGCGCGAGUGUGAUCCGGAUCAGGAUCAGUGCAGUAAUGCUGAGGUGACUCUGAGCCCCGCUGACGGGCGUCUGGAGGUCGUCCUCUUCCACCCCGCGGCCUCAGGGCUGCUCGCCGUGGCGUCUGUGAGGGGCCUUCAGGUGUGGGACGUCACACGAGACGCCGCACUCACAGUACUGGAGCAGCAUGAGGAUCAGCUGCAGGGUUUGGCCUGGAAGGAAGACGGAUCCCUGCUGGCUUCAUCCUGCAAGGACAAGAAGCUGCGCCUCUUCGACCCGCGGGCCCAGCCGUCGGCGGUCCAGUGCGUCCAGGGUCAUCAGGCUAAUAGAGACUCUCGGGUCCUUUGGGUCAAAGAUGACAGCUUGCUCACGACUGGCUUUAACCAGAUGAGGCAGCAGGAAGUGAGACUCUGGGACAGCAGGAAGUUGAGCUCAUCUCUCAGCUCGCUGUCUUUGGCCACAUCCAACGCGACUCUGAUGCCUCUGUUUGAUCCAGAUUCUGGAUUACUAAUUGUGUCUGGAAAUGGCGAGAGUGUGAUCGACUGUUUUGAGGUGAACAGCAGUGAGCCCUUCCUGUCUCAAGUGAGUCACUGUCUGACGGACCUGUCGACCCGUGGCGUGGCUCUGGUGCCGAAGCUCGCUCUGGAUGUCAGCUGCUGUGAGGUUUUGCGCCUGCUGCAGCUCACUGAUAACUUCAUAGUGCCCAUCAGCUACCAGGUGCCUCGCAAGGCAGGACAGGACUUCCAUGCGGACUUGUAUCCGGACACCGUGGGUCACACCCCGGCCAUGACGGCAGAGGACUGGUGGAAAGGAGAGAACAAACAGGUGGAGCGAGUCAGUCUUCACCCGAGCAAGAGGCCAAAACCGGCCACUCCGUCAGCUCAGGAGACAAAACCAAAGGAUCUUCCCCGUGGCAAGAGCAAAGAGGAGGCCUCGAGCUCCAGCAGUCCCCUCAGCACCCCCAGCAGCAGUGCCGCCCCGUCCCGCUCCCCGUCCUCCACCAGCGUCCUGUCGUCUGGCUUCCUGCCGAGCCCCAGCCAGAGCUCCCGCGCCAUCCACAGCAUGCUCGGCCCGAGCUCGAAGUUUCGUCACAUCCAGGGGGCCGUUUUGCACCGGGACACUCACAUCACCAACCUGCGAGGACUUCAUCUGACCACACCGGGAGAGUGUGACGGCUUCUGUGCCAACGGCCAGCGCGUGGCAGUGCCUCUCGCCAUCGCCGGAGGGCAGAUCGCUGUGUUUGAGCUGUCCCAGCCUGGAAAACUCCCAGACACCGCCCUGCCCACCAUCCAGAACUCCGUCAAUGUGGCCGACUUCUGCUGGGACCCCUUUGACACACACAAGCUGGUUGUGGUGUUUGAAGAUCCAGACGGGAAACUGCUGGCCACUGUGUGUAAGGACGGAAAAGUGCGUCUGUACGACCCACGCAAGUCCACCUUGCCCAUCCAGGAGGGCCCAGGACCUGAGGGCUAUAGAGGGGCCCGUGUAGUGUGGGUCUGUGAUGGCAAGUACCUGCUGGUUUCAGGAUUUGACAGUCGCAGUGAAAGGCAGCUGUACCUGUUCUCCGCUGAGUCCUUGGCAUCCGGGUCUGUGGCUUCUGUGCCUGCCGAUGUGUCUCCCUCGACCCUUAUCCCGUUCUAUGAUCCCGACACCAGCGUCCUGAUCCUCACUGGGAAGGGUGACACACGUGUUUAUACAUACGAGAUCGUGCCUGAAGCACCGUACUUCAUGGAAUGUAGUAGUUUUCAUUCCUCUGAACCACACAAGGGGUUGUGUUUCCUGCCGAAGACUGAAUGUGACGUGCGUGAUGUGGAAGUGGCUCGAGCCGUCCGACUUGGCAAGACCACCAUUGAACCUGUGGCCUUCAGAGUGCCUCGUGUCAAAAAAGAGUUUUUCCAGGAUGAUGUUUUCCCAGAGACUGCAGUGUGGUGGGAAGCAUCUCUGACCGCUGCUGCCUGGCUCUCUGGAUCCAACGGACAGCACCGCAAAAUCAGCUUGCGGCCCAAAGACAUGACGCCCGUGAGUGAAGCACCAAAAGAGGCUCCUGUGAGGAAGUACCUGCCCUCCUCUGUCUAUCUGGAGGAGAAAACUGAUGAACAGAAGAAAGAGGAGUUGCUCAGUGCUAUGGUGGCGAAGCUGGGAAACAGGGAAGAUCCUCUGCCACAGGCGUCAUAUGAAGGUGUGGAUGAAGAUGAGUGGGACGACUAACACACAAGCCUUGCCUCACGGUCCAGUCAGGGUGCCAGCAGCAGACAUGGGACGUACUUGCUGUAUUAAAAUUUUGCCAUUCCAGGGUGCCAACGUACCUCUGAAC